AUGGCGAGCUUGGAAAGAUCUUUAGAGGCCCAAGAAAGUGAACUUGACAAGAUCAGGGAAAUCUUAAGAGGCAAGUCAGAAGGUUAUUCAAACCAAAUUGAAGAAAAACAAAGAGGACUUGCACAUUUGUCAGAGAAAAUUAUUGCAAACAAUCACUUAUUGUCAGAAGAAUAUGCUGACACGCUUAGAGAAUCAUGUCGGAAGAAGUCUAGAGGAAAAGUUCUUAGUAGCCUUAUAGAGCUCAAAGAUAAUGAUUGUAUAAAAGGAUUAUAUGAUCGUUUGGGUAACCUUGGUGUCAUUGAUGAUAAAUACAAUGUUGCGAUCACAAUUGCCUGUCCUGAAUUGGACAACUUCGUAGUCGAUUCUGUUGAAGCCGAAUUUAUCCCAGCAUUUUAUAGUGUGUUGGGUAAUACUUUGGUUGCCAAAGAUCUAACACAGGCGAGUAGGAUCGCCUUUAGCGAAACUCGGUGGCGCGUGAUGAUAUUAGGAGGUGUAGUAAUUGAACAAUCUGACGCGAUGAGUGGCGGUGGUCAUAAAGUAUCUAAAAGCGCUAAGAGCUCGAGAUUUACUUCUGAAGUAACAUCCGAGACAAUAGCGAAAUUGGAAAAAGAACGUGAUGAAAUUCUUAAAUUGGAUAUUAAAAUAUUGAAGUUAGAGAUGGCUUACGCACAACGAUAUGUUAAGAUAUCUGAGUUACCAUCUGACUUCCGAUAUGAUAUGGAAUGGCCCAUUAAGAAAAUUCCUUUAAAUCGAACGGGUUAUGGCAUCGAAGAUCAUGCAGAAAUGCAAGUAUAUGCAUUGGCAACUUCCAUUCCAGUUAAAUUUAUUUUAAGAGAUGAGAAUGGGUACCCUAUUAAUGAUUUUGUUUACCUUAUCGUUUCUAUUCCUGUUAUAUAUAGAUAUGAUUUUUUGCAAAUUCUUUGUAUCAAAUGCGUAAAUCUUCAAACGAAAUCUACAUCUAGCGGACGAAAGUCUUUCAUUGCUGUUUACAUAUUUGAAAUAAUCGAAGUUGUUCCCGAACCAGAUAAUCCGCAAACAAAUCAUAAGUUUAAGUUAUUGUGUCAUGAAGAGGUGAAAGGUUCUGUAACUGCAAUUUGCGAUGUUAAAGAAUACUUAUUAACUUGCAUAUUUAUACGCGCUUUCGAAGAUAACGAUAGACUAAUUAGUAUGGCGUUCAUAGACAUUCAAAUUUACGGCAUUAGCGUUGUUUCUGUUAAGGCUACAUAUUAUUGGGAGAUGUAUACAAGAGUGUUUGGUUUUUUGGAUUCCAGGAAGAAACCAGCAAAAUUAAUAUUGGUUGCAGAUAUGGAUAAAAAUAUCCACGUAUUUCAAUACGCACCAUAUAGUGUUCAGUCUUUUGCGGGACAAAAACUUAUCCGUCGUGGUUAUUUUCAUAUUGGAGGUUCGGGAUUUUUGGAAGAAGAAAUAUAUUACUUUGUUUAUGUGGAACUCUUGAUGUAG